AUGGACAUGGUGCGGGUCGGGUCGCACGCGGGUCGCGCAAAACGGCGCAGUUUUGGCGCUGAAGCUCCCCAGGUGAAACGACGUCGUUUCGCUAGCAGUAUAAAACUUGAAAUUUUUUUGAAAAGGUUCAUUUUUCUCUCAUUUCUCAAAAAAAAAAAACAAAAGCCCUUUCCCAAAAGCUCUCCCUCCAGCCCUUGCACCCGGCCAGCUUCGGCUACUGGUCCACCGUGCGCGCCGUCGGUCGCCGGUCGCCGGCGUCGGCGCCGCCGUGCACGGUGGUCGGAGAGGGUAAAAAGGUGCCUCUUUGUAGAUCCCGACCUCCUAAAUCCGGAUCUGGCCUCAAAACAACCGAAAACGAAGGAAAAGGGCCCUCAAUGCUCCCCUACAGCCGAUUUUGUCACCGGAGAAAAAGCCUCUGACGAUGAGAAAACGGAUCGACUCGCCGUUGUUUUACAUUUUUCGUUUUUCUCUUUUCUUUUUGCCUUGCUGUUAUUUUUUCUUUUGCAUGUAUUCCUUUCGGCUUUCCUUUGCAGACGCUGCGGUCAACGGAGGCAAAGAUUUGCCGUUUUGGUGCAAAGAUGGCUGGCGGUGGCAGACCUCGGGCGACGAGUGCGCUGGAGGCACAUGGGUAGCAAGAUGCGGCGCACUAGGGUUUCUAGGUUUCUGACUUUUGUUGAAAUUGUUUUAAUUUUGGGCCAUUUGGGCCUUGUUCUUUUUUUGGGUUUGGAAUUUGGGUUGUAAUUUUGGGCUGGGCAUAAAUUGGGUCUUACAAUAAGUAUUAGGACGUAUUAUUUUAUAUCCUAAUAAUUUGUUGAAUUUUUAUUAAUCGUAAAAUUUUUUAUUUUACUAGACAAAAUACUGGUUGUAUUUUGAACUUUCUCUAUAUUAAAAGAUAUCAGAUAGUCAUUUGUUUGAA